AGUGCAGACGUUCGGAUCCUUUCUGCUCACGUGCGUUCGCCAUGAGGUGUGCAGCUACGCUCGUUACACUCAUCCUCCUUCGAAUGUCGACAACCAGCGACUCAGUUUGCCAACCGAAACUUUUCUACAAAUGCGGCAAUGAGUGUGUAAGUCGCUCGUGGAUUUGUGACGGUUACGAGGAUUGUGGCGACGGAUCAGAUGAAACUUUCUGUGGCGAAUGUAAAGAAUGGUUUCGGUGUAAAAGCGGUCAUCCGUGCAUCGAGAAAAAAUGGGUGUGUGAUGGAACACACGACUGUGACGAUGGAUCUGAUGAGAGUGUGUCUCUGUGUGGAGCCUGUGCAUCUGGCGAGUUUCAUUGCACCACCUCUGAUGAAUGUAUCGGCCAGUCGUCUGUGUGUGACGGCAAUUUCGAUUGCUUCGACUAUUCCGACGAACAACCACCUCACUGCUACCGUCCAACUAAAUCACCAUGCAACUUGACAAACGAGUUCAAUUGCAGGGCUUCUGGAUCGUUUCAUCGCUGUAUUCCUAAGUAUUGGACCUGUGAUGGCGAAAGAGAUUGUGACUCGGGCAUAGAUGAGGGCGACUUCUGUAAUCCACCGGGACUUGCUGCUUCUGUUUCUCCAACGUCAGCUCGAGCUCGAUUGUCUCCCUCAACUCCACAGCCAGUUAUUGUUCAAUGUGCUGAUGAUGAGUUUCAGUGCUACGACGGCUUCAAGUGUUUACAAUGGUCACACCGAUGUGACUCGAUAGUAGAUUGUCAUGACAACUCAGACGAAAGCGGCUGUGCAGAUGUCCCACACUGUCCACCCAAACUUCAGUUUUCUUGUGCUAACUCUAACUGUGUUCCUCUCGACAAGCACUGCAAUGAGGUUGACGAUUGUGGAGACAACUCGGAUGAGUUUAACUGUGGCCUCACUCAACCCAAAUGGCAAGAAUGCGAGGGGAUGUUUCGUUGUGGCAAUGGACACUGUCUCACGGUCAAAAGACUUUGCGACAACAAAACUCAUUGCAACGACGGAUCGGACGAGAAAAACUGCUUUACAAACGAAUGCUUGAACAGCAAUCCAUGUCCGGGAGAUCAAAAGUGUAUUGACGAGCCGACUUCGUAUCGAUGCACGUGUGCACGAGGAUAUCGCAAGACGAACGACGGAUGUGAAGAGGUGGACGAGUGUCAGACGUAUGGACAUUGUGCACAGUUUUGUGUGAACACGCCGGGUAGCUUUGUCUGCAGCUGCAGUAACGGAUACACACUGAAGGCUGAUGGUCACACGUGCAAAGCAAACGAUGGAAAUGCCAAGUUGUUGUAUGCUGAUGGUCAGGAUGUCAAGCUAAUGGAUCUCAACACAAAGUCGAUUGAAGGCCUAGCCAAACACAGACUGUCAGUCAUUCCAGUCGCAUUCCACUUCCGUACAGGCAUGAUCUACUUUGGUGAAUACCAAUGGAAUCGUAUAUGUGCAGUUCCCGCAGACAACAGUGCAGAGCCAAAACCGAUUCUCACAACAGUGGAUGGCACUCAUAGCCCUGACGGUCUUGCUGUCGACUACUUGAACGACUGGAUCUAUUGGUCUAGUCCUGCUUAUCGUACGAUCUUUAUGGCUAAAUUGGAUGGUUCGUAUCGUCGAGUUGUCGUGAAUGAGAGUAUGAAGUUGGACGAGCCGCGUGGUCUUGCUGUUGAUCCAUUGAGAGGGUAUCUGUUCUGGGCUGAUUGGGGGAAUCACUCGCAUAUCGGUGCUGCUGCUAUGGAUGGAACGGGACAGAGACACAUUGUGGUGGAUGGAUUGGUGUGGCCGAAUGGAAUAGCGGUUGAUACGAUAACACAGAGGAUCUACUGGGUGGACGGCAAUCGUGGAGUGGUUGAGGUUUGUGAUUAUUUGGGUCACAAUCGAAGAGUUAUUAUACAGGGUGGUAUUGGACGGCCUCUCUUUAUUGCGUUGUAUGAGGAAAAGGUGUACGUGUCGUCUGAUUGGGGACCGAGGAAUAUGGGAAGAGUUUUUGUUGCCAAUCGAUUUGAUGGAUCACAUUUGAUGAUGAUUGAUCAUGAUGUGGACUCUGUACAAGGCAUUGCAGUUUAUCAGAAACAACAACAGCAACACACUUCCAAUCACUGCGAUCGAGCGAACUGCAGUCAUUAUUGUGUCACCAGUUUUGUGUCAGACUACAAGUGUUUCUGUCCCGAUGGCUCCCACUUGUUGAAUGACGAAAGAACAUGUUCAGUUGGUGUUGAAAGAUGUAAUGACAGUUACUGUAAUUACAAUGGACAUUGUGUGAAGGAAGGCAACACAAAUAAAUGUUUAUGUCGUAGUGACCGCACUGGAUCUCGAUGCACUGACGUUGUUAGGGAGACUGUGUCUUGUCCCAUCACUCGAUGCCACAGCCGUGGACGAUGUUAUAGCUUAGUAGAUCAAUACUGCAUUUGUAAUGAUGGUUACUCUGGUGUUUACUGUGAGUCCGAUAUCUCUCCCAUCACUUCUCCAUUCGAAAAUUCUACAACCACAUCUCCUGCACCACCUCGUGUUGUCGGUAAUGUCGGUCAGAACAAAGGAAGCAAUGCAGUAGGCAUUUCUGUAGGAGGUGCCAUCGGUGGUCUAGUGGUCGUCGCAAUUAUUAUCAUUCUUGUUAUUCUCUUGGUAAAGAAUGUGAGAGGCAAGCUGUCGAUUAACUUUGAUAAUCCCAUGUACCAUUCUGACUCUAGCUCAGUUGUUAUCCCACCAAAGUCAGGAGUUGAAGAGGUCAACCACAGUAAAGAGGUCAAUGGCAUGCAUACAGCUCCAGCUACUUCCACUUCUGCCUGACGAAUCCUUGAGAGAAUAGUUUUGUUCCUUUGGUAGUCUAGUGUUGUUGACCUUGAAAACGUUGAGUUUACCAAUCAUCAUCAUCAUCAUCUGAUCACGUGACAUCAAUACUGACAAGCAAUUUCGUUUGCCAUUUAAAUUAGCAUAGUUCUUUUGACUGCAUGUAAGAUACAUGAAUUAGUACAUAAUAGGACACACAAGUUACCUUAAUUGUAGAAAAAUGAAUGUUAGAGAAAGAAAUUGAUAUUAUUGUGUGGAAGACAUCUAUUUUAAAUAAAAAUAUAAUAAAGUC